CCUCUCUAUCUAUCUCUCUCUCUCUCUCUCUCUCUCUCUCUCUCUCCUCCUCCAUUGCUCCUCCACCAUUGUUCCACCUCCACAGGUUGCCGGCAAAAAAAAAAGAGAAGCCGAACUGUUUCUUUUUGUGAGUACUCUUUUUCUAUUUUUCCUUUCUUUUUUGUCGUGAGUGCUCUGUUUUUCUUUUCUUUUCUUUUCUGGUCUGACCCUCUCCAGAACUCUACGUUUCUUUUCUGGUCCUUUAUCCGCAUUUGGAUCCAUACUCACGGGAAUUGACUACAUAGGUCUAGGCCAUGUGAUGGUGUUUGCUAAUGGGGAUUACUCCCAAGCUUUGGAAGAAUUAUCAAGAGAGCAGUAAGGUUGGAGAGACGAAAAGGCAGUUAGGGGGUUGCAGUGGGAGUUGUGUUUACAGAGGACAAUGUGUCUCCACCUCCGGAGAAGCUAUAAUAGUAGCUCAGGAUGUUGUCAAAACAAUGCUAGCCGAGGGAUAUGUUCUGGGCAAAGAUGCAUUAAUCAAGGCCAAAGCUUUUGAUGAGUACCAUGGAGUCUCAGCUACUACAACAGCCAAGAUUGCUGAGCUUAGCAAUAGAAUUGGACUCACUGAUAAAAUUCAUGUUGGCAUGGAAACUAUUAAGUCUGUGGACAAAAAAUUCCAUGUUUCAGAAAUCACCAAGUCAGCUGCAACAAUCACUGGGACAGCAGCUGUAGUAGUGGCAAUGGUUACAGGAAAAGCAGCUGUUGCAGCUAGUCAUGCUGUAGUCAACAGCACUUACUUUGCCAAAGGAGUACUUUGGGUUUCAGACACAUUGAAUCGUGCAGCUAAAGCUGUAGCUGAUUUUGGUAGACAUGGUACUGAUGGUAGUAAACAAAUAGAUUGAUACUUUAGCAACUCUUAUAGUUGGCUUUACUCUUGAUAUUGUAUACAAAUAGAUAGUUUUAUUUUUUUGGCAUAAGUAACAACCUUUCUUAUCGGUUGUCUUGUUGUGGAAACAGCUCAGUUGUAGAUUGAAUCUUUUUGGAUUAGUCAAUACAAAUCACAAUAUCUUGUGAUUUAGAGGAAAUGAAAUAUUAGAUUAUUGAUUGAUUAGAA